GGAUGUCACAAAUCGAGAAGUCAAGACGACCCGCCCGCCCUCUGACUUCUGACUUCGGAGCGCUUCGAGAUGGGUAUACAUAGUCUCGAGUGAAUGAAUAUACCACUGUUCGCCUUCUCGAGUCAUCGCCAAUCGUCGAUCAAAACGGCGCGACCUUUUGCCUUGAUGUUCGAUCUUGCAAACAGGCAUCGAAAGCGACAACCAUCCACACAUCCAUCUGCAAUCGCUUCGUGACAAUCACAAUCUACAUGUCUCCGAUCAAGACUUGUUCUUCUUGAGCUGAUCGACUCAAUCGGCAAGGGGUAGGAACGCAAGCUGAGGAAGCGCCACGCGAGGUCUAGAUGUAGCUUGCACCUUGCACGAUCGCCACUCACCACUUCGAUCUGCCAAGCCCCAUCCCGCCCGGCUCCAAGCCCUUCAUCCUGAUUCUCCUAGAGGGCCCCCACAAAUUGUGCCUCAAGCGUUCUUCAAGAUAUCAUCUCCGCCACGAUGUCCAUCGCAGCGCAGAUCAAUGACACUCGGCACGUACGGCACGUAGACGCUGGUGAGGCGAGCCAAACGAGCACUCUCAGCGCUGCGACUUUCAUGAGCGCACUGUCCACCUUUGAGGAUCAAGAGCAACAUGCGGGCGCAAGUGACCAGCAGGUGGACGAGUGCGCCUUUGGGGCUGGAUCGGACGACGUUCAAAACGGCACGCAUACACCCAGAGCACCUUUGCAACAUGACGCACUCGUCCCCUCGGCUUCGAGGAAUGGGGACAGCGCAGUGCAAGGAGGUGCUGACCCUCGACUUCAAGAUCAGAUUGCAGCAGAGCCGAUGCGCACGACACCGCUACCGUCAGGAACAUCCGCUGUCACCCAUACAGCCAUACCCACAGCCACAGCCUUGGCCUCCACUCCUGCCGCUUCGACGUCCACUCUGCUCUCUGCCAGCCACACCUCUAGGUCGGGCAGUGCCUCUCGAGGACGUUCUCGGCGCGCUCGAGCCUAUUCCAGCUCUUCACUUUCCACCCUGACUCGUCGACGUGCGCGAUCGCCUUCCCUAGGUUUAGGGCUUUCUUCUCACAUUUCUAGAAACUCUUCGUUGGCUCCAUCCGAAGAGUUGCCGGGAUACACGGCGAGAGGAGCUGAUGGAUUGCCAAGGUAUAGCCAUAGCGAUACGAUCCGCUGGGAAGUCGGGCCGGAUGAUGGAAGCAGUGGACAGCGAAGAGAAGAUAUGGAACCGGGCCAUGUGUUUGCUCUAGCUAGACAGGCCGGAUCUAGAGUUUUGCAGCGCGCGGCUGUUGUGGCGGGAAGCAGAUUGGGACUGGGACCUAGAAGAACAUCGGCGUCGGAUCAGCAUGCGGACUCCGCUAGCAGAUCCCUUUCAACCUCCAACCCUUCCCCAUCCACUCCGAGUCAAUCAAGACACAGACCAACAAACGUCAGAUACGUCGUGUUUGUACCUGCCCAAUCACGAAAUGGUUCUUGCUUUGGCGCCAACAAUUCGAGCUUGCGAGUAGCUGUACCUGCUCACAGGGUCGUGUAUGCGCCUCUAGACUCGCGCAGGCCCACACGCACCAACCCAAGAUCUUCCGAUCAGGUUGCGGGUUCCGGGAUAAGGGGGGAAGGCAGCGCAUCGCAGAGCGGAUCCACAUCCACGAGUCGAGCAUCCAGCGUUCGGGAAGAAGCGGUGCUGAAUGCUAGAGCGGCUCAGCUCGUCGCGCGCAUCAAGGCGCGCUUACGAUCUGUUCGAAGUCCAGCCAAAGAAGAAGAAGAAGCCGAUCCAAGCUCGGCCGCGAUGAUGAGCGCUGGUACGCCCGACGUUGUGCUGCGGGAGCAUGGCGAAGCGAGGACCGCACCUGCUUCUAUGCACAACAUCACACCGCUCCCGACGCCCCAAAUGAGCAGGUCAAAUAGUCGGACGGCUGAGAAUGUCGGACGAGCGUCCCGAAGAUUGUCUAGCGACGCUGCGGCCAGUAGAUCCUCUUUUCGACCCAGGUCGAGCAAUAGCGUAUGGGGCGACGCGGCAGGUGCGGCCUAUCGAGCUCGACAAGAAGCUGCACUUGCACAAAGUUUUCAAAAUCGACGAGGGUCGCGCGAGUCUGCUUCGAGAUCGUCCAAUGGAAUCGUAAGACCCACGAUGAGCAAUAGACCAGCUACCAGUGCCGGUGAGAGGCCUAGGUCCCGGAAGAUUUUUACACUUUAGACGUCAGAGCCAGACGAGCUUUCCCUCGACAUCCACAUCAUCUUCAAUAGCUC